CACAGCCGCAACCUAUUACUAAGCGAUGCAAAGUAUCGGACUCCGGUUGUUCUGAAGAGCACGCUGUCAAGACUCAACUUUUAGGAACGGCCUCCUCGCUUGCAUUUGCAGGAAUGGCCCAUUCGUUAUCUCCAGAAUGCACGCCGUUGAAGCACGAGUAUGAUGCGUGCUUCAAUACUUGGUUUGAGGGCUACCUCGAACCAGCUAUAGCGAACGCCAAUACUAAAGGACACCCACAAGGUCAAAGAUUCGAGUACUCCAAGCAAAAGAAGGAAGAGUACGAUCGCAAAUGUGGGAGUAUCUGGGAAAGGUACAAAGAUUGCGUGCAGAAAGCUGUCACAGAGAAAGGUUUGGGUGAGCUACUCAGCCAAGCACGGAAAGAGAACCCGCUUCGCGAGCCACCGCCACCAGACCCAUCUGGAUCAUCAUGACAUGCAUGUCUGCCAGCUUUACACAUCUGUAGCCUCGAGUUACAUAGUGAACCGUAGUAGAAAGAAUAAUUCACACAUGGUCACGUCAUUGAGCAUUUAUGACACUGGUAUUCACUUGCGUGCCGCGCUAAAGAGCAACGUU